UUAUAAACAUGACUGUAAUGGCGGACGCACAGAUGGAACUCAGUGAAGGGUACAGAUUGCCUGUGCUUCUGAAUAAUGGCGACGGAUGGCAUAUGGCAGAGAUUCUUGGCAAAAAAGAAUUUCAAGGAAAACAUCUGUACUACAUCCAUUAUGAAGACUUUAAUAAACGUCUUGAUGAAUGGGUCCCAGAGGAAAGGAUGGAUAUAAGUAAAGCAGAACUUCCAAAGAAAGAUCCUAAGACUCCCAAAAAGGAAUCUGGUAAACUUGGAGGUGGUGGUGGUAGUGGGGGUGGAGGUGGAGGUAGCAGUGGUGGAGGAGGAGGAAGUGGAGGAGGCAGCGGUGGUGCAGGUCCUGGAUCUAGGCCAGUCACACCAGAAAAAGAACUAUUGAAUGGCUCAGCAGUGACUCUGUCUUUAUCAAAUAAAAAGUCAUCUGUAAGCAGAAAACGGAAGGGGGUAGAUGAAGAAGCUAUGAUGAAUGUGACUGUCCCUUGUCAAAUUGGAGAUACCCCAACACAUAGCAGGAACUCCACACCAACUCCUAACCUACAAUCACAAACAUCUCUUCCUUUGGAUCCCCAGGAAGCUCCUUCAGGCGCCAAAGUUCCUCGUCAGACAGGAAGUAUGGUGGCCCACCAUGAUGACAUUAUCACCAGAAUGAAAAACAUUGAUUUAAUAGAACUUGGAAAAUAUAGAAUAAAACCUUGGUACUUCUCUCCAUAUCCUCAGGAACUUGCUGGUACUCCUAUUGUAUUCAUCUGUGAAUUUUGUCUGAAGUAUGUCAAAAGCAAUAAAUGUUUGGAAAGACAUUUAGCGAAAUGUCUUUUAAAACAUCCACCAGGAAAUGAAAUUUAUCGCAAAAGUAACAUAUCCUUUUUUGAAAUUGAUGGGAGAAAGAGUAAGAGUUAUGCACAGAAUCUCUGCCUUCUAGCAAAAUUAUUUCUAGACCACAAAACCUUGUACUAUGAUACAGACCCAUUCUUAUUCUAUGUCAUGUGUGAACAAGAUGUCCGAGGAUAUCACAUAGUGGGAUUCUUCUCCAAGGAAAAAGAAUCCACAGAAGACUACAAUGUAGCCUGUAUAUUAACUCUACCACCAUACCAGAGAAAGGGCUAUGGGAAACUGCUGAUAGAAUUUAGUUACGAAUUAUCCAAAGUGGAAGGGAAGACAGGUUCCCCAGAGAAGCCACUCUCAGACCUGGGACUUUUGUCGUACAGGAGUUACUGGUCACAAACAAUACUGGAAAUUCUCAUCAACAUGAAACCCAGUGAAGGCACUGAUCGCCCUAUCAUAACAAUCAAUGAAAUCUCAGAAAUGACCAGUAUCAAGAAAGAGGAUGUGAUUUCCACUUUACAACACUUGAAUCUCAUAAACUACUACAAAGGACAGUACAUCAUUACAUUAUCUAACGAACAAAUAGACACUCAACUCAAGGCAAUGGCAAAACGCAAAGUGAGAAUAGAUGCCAAGUGUCUGCAUUGGCAGCCUAAAGACUGGAGUAAGCGUGGAAAGUGGUGAGAGAGGAGCCGCCUGUGUUAAGAUCCAUUGGAAAUAUACUGGACACUCAUUGACCAUUGAUCAGCUUCAAUGACUUGUUAAGAUAUCAGCCUUGUUACUGGUAGCACAAUAUCUUUUGUUGUAACUUUGUUGUUCUCCAAUUUUCUCACACAACACUUAAUAAUGCCCUCUUAUUAUCACGGAAAGUGGUUAAUGUAGAGUUGAUAAAUAACCAUUGCUCAAACUGUACAUCAACCCCAAUUUGUGAUAUUAUACAGUUUUAGGUCACUCGAGAUUUCACUAGAGAGAAGGUAAUGAUGGCAUCUAUGUUGGGUAAUACAAUAUAUACAAUAGAUUGGGUCUUAAGCAGUAUGAUGAUGUUUGAAUGUAGGUGAUAGAGAUGGGAUUAGGGUGUAAAAAAACAAGUGUAUAUAUAUUUAUUUCUUGAACCGCCCUGAAGUAACCCAUCAAAUA